GGAGGGUAUAAAGUAGGAGCCCGGGGCUGCCCCCACGGAGCAGAACACGGUGCAGCCAUGAGGGCAUCGCUCCUGCUCGCCCUCGCCUGCGUGGCCGUCCUGGCAGUGGGAGCAAGGGCCGACACGCCCGAGGAGCCGGAGGCGCUGGUGAAGAAGGUGCAGGAAUACACCCAGAAAGCCGCGGCCAUGGCCAAGAACGCCUUCAGCACCCUGCGGGAGUCGGAGGCAGCUCGGCAUGCCAGGCAGUGGCUGUCGGACACGGCGGAGCUGGCCAAGCAGGGGCUGGCCAAGCUGAAGGAGCAGCUGUCGGGCCUCCUGAAGCGGACGCCGGCCUCAUAGCCCUGCCGGGGGCUGCCCGGGGGCUGGUCGGGCUGCGGACCCCCCGGCUCCCCCGACGCCGUCGCGGUUCUUGCAAUAAAGCGGCGCUGAAGCAGA